AUGAAAGGUUUAAUUUUAGUCGGAGGUUACGGUACCCGUUUGAGACCCCUCACCCUUACCUUGCCAAAGCCUUUGGUCGAGUUCGGUAACCGUCCCAUGAUCUUGCACCAAAUCGAAGCUCUUGCUGCUGCUGGCGUCACCGACAUCGUGUUGGCCGUCAACUACCGUCCUGAAGUCAUGGUGUCCACCUUGAAGAAGUACGAAGCCAUCUACGGUGUCUCCAUCACCUUCUCUGUCGAGGAAGAGCCUCUUGGCACUGCUGGUCCUUUGAAGUUGGCUGAAAAGGUGUUGAAGAAGGACGACUCGCCCUUCUUCGUGCUCAACUCCGACGUCAUCUGUGACUACCCCUUCAAGGAGUUGGCUGCCUUCCACAAGGCCCACGGUGCCGCCGGUACCAUCGUCGCCACCAAGGUGGACGAGCCUUCCAAGUACGGUGUGAUUGUCCACGACAGAGACACCCCCAACUUGAUCGACAGAUUCGUCGAGAAGCCAGUCGAGUUUGUCGGCAACAGAAUCAACGCCGGUUUGUACAUCUUGAACCCUGAAGUCAUCGACUUGAUCGACAUGAAGCCUACCUCCAUCGAAAAGGAGACCUUCCCACAAUUGGUCGAGAAGAAGCAAUUGUACUCGUUCGACUUGGAGGGCUACUGGAUGGACGUCGGCCAGCCAAAGGACUUCUUGUCCGGUACCGUGUUGUACUUGACCUCGUUGGCCAAGAAAUCCCCCGAAAAGUUGUCCAAGGAACCUUUCGUCCACGGUGGUAACGUCUUGAUCGACCCAUCGGCCAAGAUCCACCCAUCUGCAUUGAUCGGCCCUAACGUCACCAUUGGUCCUAACGUCGUUGUUGGCGAGGGUGCCAGAAUCCAAAGAUCGGUGUUGUUGGCCAACUCCGAAGUCAAGGACCACGCCUGGGUCAAGUCCACCAUUGUUGGCUGGAACUCGAGAAUCGGAAAGUGGGCCAGAACCGAAGGUGUCACUGUUUUGGGUGACGACGUUGAAAUCAAGAACGAAAUCUACGUCAACGGUGCCAAGGUCUUACCUCACAAGUCUAUUUCUUCUAAUGUUGAACAUGAAGCCAUUAUUAUGUAA